AUGUCGGAUGACGAGGGUUCUUGUUUUUGCUGCUGUUUUAGUCAUAGUCGAGAUAUCAAAAAGAAGAAGAUUGUUAACAACAAAAAGAAACGGAGUAUAAAAGAUGUCAAUGAUCUGAAAAAGAGUUCAAAGGUGAAUCAACAAAUUUUUAAAGAAGAGAAAGAAACCCAACAACAAGACAAAAAAGAGAGUGAAGUUCUAAUAGAAACAGCAAAACAAAAAUCAGAAGAAUUUUUGAUCGAACAAAACCAAGAAAAAGAGAAGAAAGAUGUAAAAGAAGAAAAAAACACAAUACAAAGCGAUAAAGAUGUAACAAUUCAAAUUGAUAAAGAAGAAAAGAAAAAUGUAAAUAACACAACAAAAAGCAACGACAUUAAAAUACUUGAAAAAAACAACACACACGAAAACGAAAAAAACUUGAUAACAUUUUCUGGAAUAGAACAACACAAAAAAAUAAAAGAUGUGCAAUUUGAAAAUCUGAAGGACAGUCUGGGUGACAAAAAAGAUACAAUUGACGAUAUUAAAACAAUAGAAACAAGUGAUGAAAAAGAACUUCAACACAAUAUGGAGAAUGUUGAAACACCAAAAGAGAGUAAAAAAGACAUAAAAUUGGUUAGUAAAAUUUCCAUCAAAAAGGUAGUUGAAAGGGCCGAAAUAAUGGACGAAAAAAACUAUAAACAAUCCAUAAAUGAAAUAUAUGAAAAAGAAAAUAUAGAAAAAAUAAGUAGUGACGUCAAUGAUAUAAAAAAUAAAACAAAAACAUCAAGUGGGAAGGUUGGUAAAGUUAUUAAGAAAAAAGUUAUAAUCGAAGAAAAGCAAUAUGAAAAUGAUUCGCCCGAAAUCAACGACACAACAAAUAUUGAAAAUACAAAAGAAGAAGUUUCGAGUGACAAAAUAACAAAUCAAACAAUUGGAGAGAAAAAAGUCGAAGAAGAAAUUGAAGACUUUAAAGUUCCAACAGGAAAAAUAAGUAAAAAAGUAAUUGAAAAAGUCAACGAAGAAAGUGAUGUUCAAAAAAGAGAGAAAAUUGGGAAAGUGACAAAGAAAAUUGUAACUAAAUUGAAUGAUGACAAAAACGGUAAUCAAAUAGAAAAAAGUAUUCCUUCAGGGAAAAUAACAAAAAAGAAAGUGUUAGUCAAACAAGUUGAUACUGAAAAUGAAAUUGAAAAUAUAGAAACUACUAUUCAAGAAAACGAAAGUAAUUUUAAUGGAAAAAUUAUGAAAAAGAUACUAACAGUACAAGAAGUCGAAGAAGAACACAACGAAAAAGAAGAAAAAGUUACAACAAAAAGUGGAAAAAUAACAAAGAAAAAAGUGACUAAGAAAACAGGCACUGAAGGAGAUAAAAAACAAAAAGCUGUUCUAAGGAAAAAACCUUCAAAAGAAGAAUUACACCCUCCUAAAUUUGAGAUGGAUUAUACGAAGUAUAACAAAGAUGAUGUUUCUUUAAGUACAUCUAAUGAACUUAACUAA